UAUUUUUAAGCUUUAAAUGUGAUUAAAUAAGAUGUUUUUAACAUAGUUCACACUUUAACAAUCUAGUAAACCUGAAAAACAAACAUCACAGCGAUAACAAUAAAUAAUUCACAUUAAAGUCUAAAUAAUUCACAUAAUUCUCGUUGACAGCUCAGCAGAAAUGUGUUUUAUUCUGACGGUCAUGACCGGAAGUUCCGCCCUGCAUCCGGUUUAACUUGACGCAGCCGCCGGUUGUGUUCCUGUCCUGAUGGAUGAACGAUGCUUCGACACAAACAAUCAUCUCAGUAACAAAACAUCGUGCUGAGGUUAUCAGAGCAGCUGCUGGUACCUGCACAGCAUCAUGUUGGCCAGGAAGGGCCUCCUGCCAGACGGCUUCCUGCUGACCCGCCUGGCCGAGGACCAGAACCAGCCCAACCGGAGCCGGGGCCGCACGCAGAGAGCUCGCUUCAUCACCAAGACGGGAUCCUGCAACGUGGCCCACAAGAACAUCAGGGAGCAGGGUCGCUUCCUGCAGGACGUCUUCACCACCAUGGUGGACCUGAAGUGGCAGCACUCCUUCCUCAUCUUCACCUCGGCUUUCCUCUGCUCCUGGAUGCUCUUCGCUAUGAUCUGGUGGCUGGUGGCCUUCGCUCACGGAGAUCUGGAGCCACGAGACCCCAACGGAGGGCCGGCCCCCGUCCCCUGUGUCACCGCCAUCCACUCCUUCACCUCGGCCUUCCUCUUCUCCAUCGAGGUCCAGGUGACCAUCGGGUUCGGCGGCCGGAUGGUGACGGAGGAGUGUCCUCUGGCCAUCACGGUGCUGAUCAUCCAGAACAUCCUGGGCCUGAUCAUCAAUGCCGUCAUGCUCGGCUGCGUCUUCAUGAAAACAGCUCAGGCCAACCGGAGAGCCGAGACGCUCAUCUUCUCCAGAAACGCCGUCAUCGCGCCCAGAAAUGGCCGGCCGACCUUCAUGUUCAGAGUCGGAGACCUGAGGAAGAGCAUGAUCAUUUCUGCCACCGUCCAGCUGCAGGUGAUCCGGCGGACGGUGACGGCAGAGGGUGAGGUGAUCCCGGUGUGUCAGCUGGACAUCCAGGUGGAGAAUCCUCUGAGGAGCAACGGCAUCUUCCUGGUGUCUCCUCUGAUCAUCAGCCACACCAUGGAGAGAGGAAGUCCUCUGUACGAGCUGUCGGCCCAGUCGCUGGCCUCCGACGACCUGGAGAUCAUCGUCAUCCUGGAAGGUGUGGUGGAGACCACAGGCAUCACCAUGCAGGCCCGGACCUCAUACACCCCCGAGGAGAUCCUGUGGGGGCGGCGCUUCGUCUCCAUCAUCACCGAGGAGGACGGCCGCUACUGCGUCGACUACUCCAAGUUCGGGAACACCGUCCCGGUCCGGAUGUCAUCGCUCAGCGCCAAGGAGCUGGACCAGACCAGGGGUGUCCAGGAGGGCAGCUCCGACGUCACGCUGCAGGGCUGGGGGCUGGUCCGGGCCGAGGGGGGCUUCCGGAGGGGAGGACGGACCUGCGACAGCUGCCCCCAGCCCUGGUACGCCCAAUCAGAGAAGCCGGAGAAGGAGGCGGAGCAGAAGGGCCAGAAGAAGACGGUGCAGCUGGAGGUGAUUGGACGGCAGGUGGAGGACGGACUCGGAGACAUCAGCGACUGAACAGACUCACUGUAGGGUCUGUGUGACACUGAUGCUGCACAACGAUCUCCCACAAUGCAACGCUCAAGACAUGGAGGUCAGAGGUGGAAAACGUCGCCAUGAACACCACAGUAAACAAAAAACUACAAGACUGGAAAAACACUGAAUGAUUUCCUGUUGGUACUAAUACUCAUAUUUAUAGACGACAUACUGGUCAGCUUUAUGUAAGGUUCCAGGAGGUAGCUAGACACCUUCAAAGAUGCACAAAACGAUCACAAAGUAACACAAAACUGCUAUAAAUAGGCACAAAACCAACACAAAGAAACAAAACAACAACACAGGGAUGCAAAACUGCAGCAAGGAGACAAAAAAAAUCUUCUCAGAGUCACGUAAUAUCUACAAAUCAAUACAAAUAAUGACAGAUUUAAAAAAAAACACAAAGAGACUUAAAACUGCCACAGAGAAACACAAAACUACAGUGAGUCAUAAAGCGACCACAAAGAGACACAAAGAUCAACACAGAGAGACACAAAAAAUCCACAUAGAUGCAAACCUACAGCAAAGAAACACAAAACUGCCACGAAGUAGAAACAAGAAGUCUCUACCAUAAAGAGACUCAAAACAACCAGAAAGAGACACAACACAGCCACAAAGAGACAGAGCAACCACAAAGACACACAAAACAACCAGAAAGAGACACAAAACAGCCACAAAGAGAAACAGAGCAACCAGAAAGAGACACAAAACAACCAGAAAGAGACACAAAACAGCCACAAAGACACACAAAAUAACCACAACCACACUUAAAACAAUUGCAAAGAGACACAAAACAACCACAAAGAGACACAAAACAACCACAAAGAGACACAAUCCACAAAGAGACACAAAAUAACCAGAAAGAGACACAAAACAGCCACAAAGACACACAAAAUAACCACAACCACACUUAAAACAAUUGCAAAGAGACACAAAACAACCACAAAGAGACACAAUCCACAAAGAGACACAAAAUAACCAGAAAGAGACACAAAACAACCAGAAAGAGACACAAAACAGCCACAAAGAGACACAAAAUAACCACAACCAGACUUAAAACAAUCGCAAAGAGACUCAAAACAACCACAAAGAGACACAAAACAGCCACAAAGAGAAACAGAGCAACCAGAAAGAGACACAAAACAACCAGAAAGAGACACAAAACAGCCACAAAGACACACAAAAUAACCACAACCACACUUAAAACAAUUGCAAAGAGACACAAAACAACCACAAAGAGACACAAAACAACCACAAAGAGACACAAUCCACAAAGAGACACAAAAUAACCAGAAAGAGACACAAAACAGCCACAAAGACACACAAAAUAACCACAACCACACUUAAAACAAUUGCAAAGAGACACAAAACAACCACAAAGAGACACAAUCCACAAAGAGACACAAAAUAACCAGAAAGAGACACAAAACAACCAGAAAGAGACACAAAACAGCCACAAAGAGACACAAAAUAACCACAACCAGACUUAAAACAAUCGCAAAGAGACUCAAAACAACCACAAAGAGACACAAAACAACCACAAAGAGACACAAAACAACCACAGAGACACAAAACAACCAGAAAGAGACACAAAACAACCAGAAAGAGAAACAAAACAACCACAACCAGACUUAAAACAACCGCAGAGACUCAAAACAACCACAAAGAGACACAAAAAAGCCACAAAGAGACACAAAAUAACCAGAAAGAGACACAAAACAACCAGAAAGAGACACAAAACAGCCACAAAGAGACUCAAAACAACCACAGAGACUCAAAACAACCAGUGACACAAAACAACCACAAAGAGACUCAAAACAACCACAGAGACACAAAACAACCACAAAGAGACACAAAACUGCCAUAAAAAAACACAAAACAGCCACUAAGAGACUCAAAACAACUACAGAGAAACAAACUCACCACAAAAAAACCCCACAAAACUGCCACAAGGAGGUAUAAAUACAAAAACAAUCCCACGGAGACACAAAAUAACUCAAGGUGAUAAAACAACCACAGAAACCCACAAAUAGACACCAUUUAUUUCUGUCUCUGCAUUCUCACCAUUCUAUUUAUUCAUUUUUUUGUUUUCCAGCUUGAACACAGACUCACACCAGCCUAAUUUAAAUGUGUAGUGAGUGUUGACUUGUUGUUGAUGUUGUCGUGUUUCUUUUCCUCCUGGUACCUUUAAUCUUAUUUUAUCAUUGAUUAUUAUACUGAAGAUAAAUAAAGGACAAUACUGAGACUGUAGCACAUUAGAUAAUCCAGCUGCAGUUCCUGGGUUGGAAAUAAUGUCUUCUAGUCUAUCAGGAGGUUUAAUAAACAUGUUUUUGUGUA